CGAAAUGUCCGAAAUGUUGAGGUCACAAGGAGCUACACAAGAAUCAGAUUCAGAUGAAGUUCAGGAGAAUUUGACUGUGGCAAAACUAAAGGCAGAAGGCAAGCUUCUCUCUCAAGUGGGCGGCAGGAACGCAAGAUCACCAGGUAGUAGCUCCUCAAAGAAGGCAAGCAAGAGUAAUAUGCCUGAAGACUUUCAGAAACCGAUUGUUUUGCCUGCAACCCCUCGGAGAAAAUUGAAGCCGAACCAGGAGCAUUUCUCUAUGAUAAGUGUCAACAAUGCAAAAUCACAGGAUAGGUGCUCUUCAAAGAAGGCAGAGGAUUUUCAGAAAGAAAUUGUUCCAUCUGCUUCCCCUCCAAGCAAACUGAAGCGGAAGCAAGCAUCUGUUGCAUCAGAGAAGCAUGAGCUUAUCUCUCUAGUGAGCUGCAACAGUGCAAAAUCGUUGAGAAGUAACACCUCCAGGAAGGCAGGCAAGUGGCAUGAGCCAGAGCAAGUUCAAAAAUCCAGUGUGCAGCCUUCUGCAUCUCAGAAAAAACCAAAGCUAGAGCAAGACUUGGGUGUAUCGAAGAAAUAUGGAGUUUCCUCACCAGGGAGUUACAACACUACAAAACCACCAGGAAGCAGCAUGUCCAGGAAAGCAGGCAAGCGGCACACGCCGGAGGGUGUUGAGAAAUCCAGUGUCCCGGUUGCGGCCCCAAAGAAGAAACUGAAGAUCGAGCCAGACUUCGCAAUGCAACAAAACAAAACCAGCUCCUCAAUUAAGGCAGGGAAGCAGCUUAACCCUGAAGAUUUUCAGAAAACAUUUGUUCAGCCUGUUGUUUAUCGAAAAAAACUGAAGCUUGAGCCAGACUUGGUUGCAUUAGAGAAACAUGGAGAUGCAAAACCACUAGGAUGCAGUACCGGAAACAAAGGAGAACUUCAUAAGCUUGAAGUCAUUCAGAAAGCCAGUGUUCCACCUGCCGCCCCUCCCAGAAAACUGAAACAAGACGUGGUUGCAUCACAGAAGAAUUAUCUUUCCUCUUUUGUGGGGAGGAGCAAUGCAAAUGUACUGGACAAUAUCUCCUCAAAGAUGGCACACAAGCAGCUUGAGCAUGUACAGCCUCACAAACCCAUUGCGCGGCCUGCUGCCCCUCGAAGUAUACUCAAGCAGCAAAGCAAAACCAACACCUUAACUAAGGAAGGAAAGCAGCAAAUUCCUGAAUACUCUCAGAGAACAUUUGUUCAGCCAGCUGUUUCUCAAAGUAAACUGAAGCAAUCAAGCCGUGCUGCGCCGGAGAGGCCAAAGACGAGAAGCAAAACUAGUAAUCCUGCUAGGAAAAAGGAGUAUGCUUGCGUGAGUGUGUGGGCAAACAUCUAUGAAUCGGAAUGCUCAAGUGGAUCAGCCGAGCCGCUUGUAAACAAAAGAACAGAGCGAAGGAAACGAGAAAGAGAACGCGCAGUUCAGAUAACCUAUUCGCGGUCAAGGAAGCGAAUUGCCAGUGGAAUCAGCUCCAUCAAGGCACAACCUGCUGAAGAAGAAAUCUCAUCUCAACAAACCAAGUCACCACCUCAAUCUCAAUGCUUGAAGUUCAUUCUUAUCAAUGCUGCUAACAAGGUGGUGACUCAAGACCCUGGAGAUCAGUUCAAGGCACCAGCUCCCCGCAAGGGCAUCGUUAUUGCCCCUCCUGCAGACCAGGUGACGACUCAAACCCCUAAAGGUCGGUCCCAGCCACAAGUUCAACGCAUGGACAUUGUCACCCCUCCUGCGGACCUGGCAAUGACUCAAACCCACGGAGAUCUGUCUGUUCCAUCUAGGCGCAUGGACAUUGCUGCUGUCCCUCCUGCUGACAAGGUGAUGACUCGAGCCCCUGCCGAUCAGUCACAGCUACCAGCCCCGUGCUCCAUCGCCAAUGAUCAGGUGGUUCCACCUCGUUCAGCUGGUCCACUCAGUUUAACUCCUUCAAAUCCAAGCAGUAGCCCUGACGUGAUAGACAUUUCUGAUGAUGACUGAACUUUUCCAUCACUUUAUACUCUGCUUACU